AUGAAGCCUCAGACCGUGUCUCUUUUGGCCGGUGCUGCUGUGAUGACCACCGGAGCUGCAGCUGCGACAAUCACGUGCGCCGAUGUGUAUCCGCAGUCAGCGGCUUUUUUUGGAUCGAUGGGCUGUGCGUCUGCACUGAUAUUUGCAAACCUUGGGUCCGCUUACGGUACAGCAAAGUCCGGCGUCGGUGUGGCCCAUCUCGGCAUUCUUCAUGCUGAACGGAUCAUGCGUGGUAUUGUGCCCGUUGUUAUGGCUGGUAUUCUUGGUAUCUACGGGCUGAUCGUGUCUGUGAUUAUCAACAACAACAUCAAGACUGAACCGCAAUCCUACUCUGCAUUUUCUGGUUACUUGCAUUUUGGUGCUGGUCUGGCUGCAGGGUUGUCCUCGCUUGCUGCAGGUUUAUCAAUCGGUAUCGCCGGCGAUGCAGCUGUUCGCGCCUACGGUAAACAGGAAAAAAUUUUCGUUGCCAUGAUUCUCAUGUUGAUUUUCGCCGAAGCGCUGGGGCUGUACGGACUCAUUAUCGCGCUUCUCAUGAACAAUACUGCUAACAAGGUGAAUUAUGGCGCAUGCCAGUGA